GUGUGAUAGAUAUUGCCGGAUCCAGCCCCGGGAGGACUGACACCACCCGACCGCUUGGGACUCGCCGAGAAUCCCGAUCUGAGGUCCCGAAUCCUGCACAGUCAAGUCACGCCAUCGGAGGGGACCAAUCCAGACACUGUGCAUCUACAUACGGCUCUUCGACCCGCAUGUCUGCAACCCGAUUUUCCAGGGCGGCGAGGCCACUCGGCCGAUCCCUGGGCACCUUUAACAGCCCCUGCCCCGCAGCCCGGCAACGCUUCACCACAACGCCUGCUCGGCGUGCCGCUCCCGGCAGCGGUCGGGGCCCUCGGGCUGCCUCAACAUGGCCGUUACCAGCUGUUUUUGGCGUUGCCACGGCCGCCGGACUGCUUGGCUGGGGUGCGUCCGAAAUUCGGCACCAAGGCUUCCCCGGCGCCGUGCUCCUUGACGGCACGUUCGCCGCGCCCCGUUAUGCAAGCAUGCGGGGGAUGGAGCAGGCUUUGGAUGAGAUUCGCCAAGAAAUCGGAGGCGAGGAGGACAUCAUCUCCAUUGAUCCCGAGGACCUGCACGCCCAUGGAUACUCGGAGUGGUCCACAGUCAACCCGGAAGGGCUACCAGUCGCGGUGGCCUAUCCGCGGUCGACAGAGCAGGUAUCGACCAUCGCACGCAUUUGCCACAAGUACUGCGUGCCCAUCAUCCCCUAUUCGGGGGGGUCGAGCCUCGAAGGGAACUUUUCGGCCCCAUUUGGCGGCAUCAGCGUCGACUUUGCUUACAUGGACAAGAUCGUCCAGUUCAACAAGGACGACAUGGACGUCGUGGUGCAACCGAGCAUCGGCUGGCAGGACCUGAACGAGCAGCUCUCCAAGAUGGGCGCUGGGCUCUUCUUCCCCAUCGAUCCUGGCCCGAGCGCGAAGAUUGGCGGCAUGAUUGGUACCAACUGCUCUGGCACUAACGCUGUCAAGUAUGGAACGAUGAAAGACUGGGUCAUCAAUUUGACGGUUGUGCUUGCCGAUGGCACCAUCAUCAAGACAAGGCGGCGGCCUCGCAAGUCGUCAGCGGGCUACAACCUUAACGGCCUGUUUGUCGGCUCCGAGGGUACCCUCGGCCUGGUCACCGAGGCAACGGUCAAGCUCGCUGUCAUCCCCGAGGAGUUUUCUGUCGCGGUCGUGACCUUCCCUUCAAUUCGGGACGCCGCCUCCGCUGCUGCCGGGGUGAUGCAGACCGGUGUCCCCGUGGCCGCCAUGGAGAUCAUGGAUGAAGUCCAGAUGAAGGUCGUCAACAUGGGAGGGGCGACCGCGCCGAGAGUCUGGAAGGAGAUGCCGACCCUCUUCUUCAAGUUCUCGGGGACCAAAGCUGGUGUAAAGGAGAAUAUUGGACUGGUGCAGAGGAUUACCAAAGCCAACAAAGGAAGCAACUUUGAGUUUGCCAAGGACGCCAGGGAGCAGAAGCUCCUUUGGUCUGCUCGGAAGGAGUCGCUGUGGUCUAUGCUUGCGUUGCGCAAGGAGGGCGAGGAAGUUUGGAGUACCGAUGUAGCGGUGCCAUUCAGCAGGCUUGCGGACAUCAUCGAAGUCAGCAAGAAGGAGAUGGAUGACCUGGGCCUGUUCGCCAGCAUUCUGGGCCACAUUGGGGAUGGAAACUUCCACGAGAGCAUCAUCUACAAUCGACAGGACCCCAAAGAAAGGGAGAAGGUCGAGGUUUGUGUGAAAAACAUGGUAAAACGAGCGCUGGAGAUGGAGGGGACCUGCACCGGCGAGCAUUCUAUUGGUUGGGGCAAGAAGGAGUCACUUGUCUGGGAGGUCGGACAGGACACGCUGGGGGUCAUGGUCAGUCUCAAAAAACGUCUUGAAUGGACUGCCAGGCUAACACAUCACAGAAAUCCAUCAAGGCCGCGCUGGACCCUAACUGGAUCAUGUUGGUCUCCCCUUUCCACCAUCAGGCCAUUCCCUUGAGGUUUACUAAUAAUGGUUGCAGGAACCCGGGCAAGAUUUUUGAUAGACAAGGCUGAAUAAAGGGGUCGACGGGCCCUUGCAUGGGUUACAGCGAUACCCCUGAAUGGGCACCUG